AGACUUUUGUAUUUAGGAAGAGGCACUCAUAAGUAUAUUACAUUAUUUACUUCAGCUAGCUCCUGUAACAUCGCUGUCUCGCCAAGAGCAUUUCUUGUUCGCAUUCUUCAAGUAUUUCCAACCUUUAGCAUAAAUGUCAGUAAAAGAGGCCAAGCCAAAUCUCAGCCAUGCCCAAGUAUCUGAGCUGGUGGAAAGGCUUUUUGGACUCCAUGCCACUGUGUCAAACAUUCGAGCCUUGCCCAGUUAUGAUGACCAGAACUUUUAUGUGGCCCCUCAGGAAGGUGGGGAGUUUGUUCUUAAGGUUAUGAACUCUACAGACAGUAAGAACUCCACUCUUCUGCAACUCCAGAGUUAUGCCAUGACCUUCCUGCAUCAGAAUGGACUUCCUGCUCAAACUGCUCUCCCUACAAAAGACGGUGAACUCAUGAGUCUGGAGGAGAUAGACUGUGGUUUUGGAACUCAGAAGUACCUGGUGCGUUUACUGACCUAUUUGCCAGGCACUGUUGUAGCCAAGGUUCCCACCUCACCGCAAGUGUUAUAUGAAGUGGGGAAACUGGCUGCUAGACUUGACAAAGUGCUAAAUGAAAUGGAUCAUCCAAACCUCAACGCACUUCAGAGAGAGGGCUUUAUUUGGAACCUGUCCAAUGUUCCUCUGCUGGAGCAAUACCUUCAUGCACUGGAUGGGAAACCUGUGCAGAAGAUUGUGAAGAGUGUGAUAGAGCAAUACAAAUCAGAAGUGGUGCCCAAUCUGAGCUCCUUUCGGAAGUGUAUUAACCAUGGAGACUUUAAUGACCACAACGUCCUGGUAGAACCUGAUGGACCUUCAAACUACAAAAUCUCAGGGAUACUGGACUUUGGAGACAUGAGCCAGGGUUACUAUAUCUUUGAGUUGGCCAUCACCAUUAUGUAUAUGAUGAUUGAGAGCCCCAGUCCCCUGGAUGUUGGAGGUCCUGUACUGGCUGGCUGGGAGAGUGUGAUUCCUCUGAACGAAACAGAGAGGGAAGCCCUGUACCUGCUGGUUCUGGGUCGGUUCUGCCAGUCCCUGGUUCUGGCCCAUUAUACUGUGCUUCAGCAUCCAGAGAAUGAGGAGUAUCUGAUGACUACGAGUAAGACUGGAGUGAGGCUCCUACAUCAGCUGUGGGAGUUGGGUAAACAGGAGGUGGAGAAGAGAUGGUUCCAGACUGCUGCUCAGUACUCAGCCCAACUGUGAUGCCAAACCUCAAACCUGUCAACGGCCUUGUGAAUAAUGAGCAUUUCUUCCUUUGAGAUGAAUACAUAUGAGUGAAUCUCCUUUCUUUUGCCCAGAGAGGUGAUGAAAUGGAACAGAUUAGCCUCGCAGUAGAACAUGCUGUACUAAUUAUACGUGUGAAUGAAUGCAUACAUGAGGAAUAGGAACACGUAAUUGCUAAAUACUACCUAUAAUGUAUACCUCUCAUGUAUAAUUUAAUUAGAUUAAAUUAAAUCUAUGAAUGCACACACACUGUGAACAGCAAGCAGUGAAUUUGACCUCUGCAUUUAACCCAUCCAUACAUACCUGCGCCCAGGCUUUUCCUCUCGGUCCCAGGGAUUGAACAUGGACAAAUAUUUAGAUUUAGGUCACAAGUUUGAAUUCUUGUUUUUACUGAGAGAUGAGUCCAGCACUGGCAUGGUCUAUGUGUGUGUCGAGAUUACCAGUGAAAGAGGCAUUCGGAAAGAAAAAGAAUUCAGUUCGUCUAACACACCUCUUGAGAGAAAUGCUCUUUUUUUUUUACCUUCACUGAAUACAAAUGGUGCUGUGUAUAUGAAAAUCUCAUCGGUCAGUCGUUCUGUUGAGAAAUCAUGUGGAGGAAAUCAACCUUUAUACCUCUGUUUUUAAGCAUGACUUUACCUCCACAGAUACUUUUUCUCUCUAGAAAUCAUAAAUCAUGUUUUAAUAAAAACGGUUCUUA